AUGCAAUCAUCUUUAGCGCGACGGUCGUUCAAUUUUUUGUUUCCUUUCCACAAAUGUGCGACAUUUCAGCUAUCGUUGCUUCCGACGCGUCAGCAAGCACAGACACUCCCGCUCCUUCCCGACGAGAUAUGGCUCGAGAUCUUCGAGUUCGCCACAUAUCUUCAUCAUUCCAAGACCAUAGCUCCGCUCCCCGCUUUCACACCGGCGCGUAUAUCCACCAACGCGAUGGCAGCCAAUACCCCUUAUCUUACCAUGAGAACAAAAAAUGCUCUCGUCCUUGUCUGCAAAUCCUGGCGUAGAAUUGCGCUGCGUCUCCUGUUUGAACACAUCUCUAUUCCAAGCUUACGACGCGCCAAACUGGUGUUUCAUGUGUUGCGAAACAGCUGCGAAACCGGCUUCGCGCAUCUGGGCUAUAGAUACGGGCAAUGGACGCGACAUCUGGAAAUAUUCAGCCAUGGUCGCGGAACAUUCGACUAUCUUCGAGUGAUCUUCGAGAUUAUGAAACUAUGUCCCAACUUAAACCACCUCACCGGGCAUUGGGAUGUACCGUUGCCAAAUGAAUUCCUCGACGCGAUAAUCAAGCUAUACGGCCCUUCUCUAAAGGGCUUGCGAUGGAGCGACGACAAAGUGCCGCAAGCUGCAUCAACCCCCACAUUCUUGUGCUCUUUUUCGUCGUUGCGUAUCCUUGAUUUACGCAAUUUCUACGGAAAUGAUGAAUCAGUCUUCAAGCCACGGUCCGACCUACCAAGUCUUCCACGAAUGAAGACUCUCAUUAUUUCCUCCCGGGAGAGAUCCGUAACCGUGGCCUCUGUCCUUGUGUUACCCACUGUCGAGAACCUAGUCAUUGAAGUAUUGUCGUCGCGGGGCAACGGUCUGGUGGGAUUCUCCCAAGGGCUCACGAAGAUGCUCACGAACCUCGGCAAGACGCUCACGUCUGUAGAUAUCUUACCCCCGGUGAACCCUAGUGAGCAAUCUGAUGAAGGUCAAGCCCAACUCGAUCCAAGUCUAUUUCUCCAACCCGGGGUGUGUCCGAACCUCCACUCGUUGACCUUCCCGCAGUCCUCGCCCCAAUGCGCGCAACAUGUUCACCCGAAUCUUCGACGUAUUGGGAUACGGGGGAUCAAAGGCGACUACAUGUAUCCAAACAAGGCAUCUUCCACAAAGACCCACCUGAUGUCAAUAAGCCGCGAACUGUACCCGAAGCUAGAGAUUGUCCGGACCAUAGGAUUCUUAGUCGAUUCGUGUGGAGAUUCGCUCAUGAAGGACAUAUUCAUCUGGUGGGCGGAAAGAUUUGAAGACCAAGGGAUCGAUCUUCAGGAUGGGGAAGGCGUUGUAUAUUUGUACACUGAGCCCGAGCCUGAAGAAUCGCCCGGCAUACAAAUGGAAGUCGCCCUCGCUGGGACAAACUUACAUUGA